AUGAAUACGUAUUUGCAACGAUGCCGAAGUGUUUUAAAAGAUGCUGUAGCCAACAUCGCGGUUAUUGGUAAUGAGAGCUGCGAUUUGGACUCAGCGGUCAGUUCGAUUGCUUUUGCAUUUCAUUUGCAACACGUACCAACAUUAUUAGGCACUUGGUAUAAAAAAGAUAGCACCGCAGUGUUUCCGGUACUGAAUGUAACUCGUGCCGAGUUACCGUUGAAAACCGAAGUCACGUUUUUCAUCAAAAGGUAUGGAAUUGCACUGGACGAUUUGAUAUGCCGGGAUGAGAUCGAUUGGACUGGGAACCAAAAGGCGCUAAAUAUUAUUCUCGUUGAUCAUCACGUCACAAAACUGGAACAGAGCGUUAUUGGCAUCGUUGACCAUCGACCAAUCGAAUCCAAUGCACGGUUCAAUGCAAAUGCGUUCAGAACGAUCGAGCUAGUCGGAUCUUGUGCAACGUUAGUCGGGCGGGAGAUUUUCAACCAAGAACCAAUAGCAAAAUUACCGGAAGGAUAUACCGCCGCAAUGGAUCUGCUAUAUGGGGCCAUCGUGUUGGAUACGGUAAACUUUUCCCAACAAGCCGACAAGGCAAAGCCGUUGGAUUACGAAAUUGCUGCAAAAAUUGAAACAUACCGAAACAUUAGGGAAGAAAAUCGCCUAACGCACCGAGAACAAUUGUUCCAGUCCCUUGUGCAGGCCCGUAGCGAUGUGUCCGAACUGAACGCUUAUCAGUUGUUGUUAAAGGAUUUGAAAAUUAUAUCGCAAAACAAUCGUAUCGUGUCGGUGCCAGGUUUUCCAAUGGCAGUACAAAAUUAUAUCCAGCUGCCAGACCAAAUGGAACAUCUGGUUCGAUUUGCUACCAAUACCGGCAGUAACGUUGUGAUACUACUCGGACUAAAGGUACUUCCGGAUGGGAGCGUUCGGCGCGACGUUGGCAUUGUUCCAGUCGAUGAUGAACAACUAGCGGAAAAGAUUGUUACAGCUAUUAAAGCGUGCAAGGAAAUGAAUUUCGAGCUCGAAGAAUUACCAACUUCGGAUGUGAAAGGAAAAUUUUUCCAACAGCAUAAUUUGAAAGCAUCGCGUAAACAAUUGAUGCCGAUCGUUAAGAGCGUGCUUAGCACAUUGGAGUGA